AUGACUGUCAUCCCACCCGAUGGUGGGAGGCCAGUUACAAAGUCCAAGGACGCAAUCAGGGUCGCAGUGGUGGGCGACAGGCCGCCUGGAAUGUGGGGCAGGAGGAGAUCGACGCCAUGCUCAAGGGGAGGGCGGGGGCCCAUCAACUUCACCGUCUUCCUCACCAUGUUUGGAGAGAAACUCAAGGGUGCUGAUGCUGAAGAAACCAUCUUAAAUGCCUUUAAAGUCUUUGACCCGGAGGGAAAGGGCACACUGAAGAAGGACUUUGUUUCCGAGAUGCUGACCACCCAGGCGGACAGGUUCUCUCCAGAAGAGAUGGAGCAGAUGUUUGCUGCCUUCCCUCCUGAUGUGGCGGGAAACCUGGACUACAAGAACCUGGUCUACAUCAUCACACACGGUGAAGAGAAGGAUUAGGAGUAAACACCUUCUCAUCUAUCAUCUCUCAUCUCACACCUCAGUCUCACUGAGCCUCCCGACUCUCAUUCUCUCUCUCUGAUGAGAACAAACAGAGAGGAACACGCUUCUCUAGCAUUAAACACAGAAUACACGACUCCUGAUCACAAUGACCUUUCUAAACCUUUAAUGUGUUAUAUUACAAAUUCAAUAAAUUGAGCCAGAAUCAAACAAA